GAAUAUUCUUUGUUUUGCAAUAUGGCAGAAAUUACUACACGCUUCGAAGUGAAUAUCUAUCGUUUUCAUAAUCGAGAGUUACCAAAUUCUCACUAGAAAAUCUGGAUAUGGCUGAAGGCGGCAGUGAGGAACUAGAUGUAUACAAGGUUGCUUUAUGUGGAGAGAGUGGAGUUGGUAAAACGUCCAUUUUUCAUCGAGUUCUUGGAAAUGGUUUCAAGAAGAAUACCUUGGAAUUUAAACACUUGCCAGAAAGCAAGAUCGAAGUCCAAGUUAAAGAGAAAACUAUCAUAGUAAGAAAUAAAUCAAAGUGUAGGAAUAGGAGGCAAUCAUCGGUUCUAGUGAUCGCCAUAUCGUUUCGCGCAAGGGAAGAUGAUACUUCAUAUCUUCUUUGAGUUAAAACAUGCAUGUCUGUGGUGAAGUGAGAGGGUGGAUACGAAUACGAUUUUUUUGCAUGUGGUAAUGUCUUUUUAAUCACAGAAGGGGUAGAGUUCAGAACACGUGACCAAAUUAUUUUUAAGGUACAUAUGUUUAGGUAGCUCUCAAGUUGUCGAAACACUCAAUGAUAAAUCUUACAUACAAGUCUCUUGCCUAGCUAUUCUGUCAUUGAGUAACAUAGGUAAUUGGAAUGCUGAAUGUGGAGAAAUGACUCUUGUGGGUGAGGUGCAAAGGAAGAAAUUGCAGAAAAGAAGUUUGAAAAAAAUUCAGGCGUUGAUGAAAGUCAAACCCCUGCCUCCCUGAUAUUAGUUGGGUUUAGUUCUAACAACUGAGCUGUGCAGCCUGAUAGCAAGGCACAUUUUUUGGGGUUGUUUAUUCAUGUAAAGGAAUCUCAUCAUGAUUAAAUUAAAUAAAUUUGUCGUUAGCCUUUCCCUAUCUUACCUCUCUAAAGAAACUUAAGACAACAGAACAUUUGUUUUGAAUUAAUUUCAAUUUGUGAAGGGUAAUUUUGUUUCUUGUUUAACUGAUUUGUUAGAUUCACCUGUGGGACACAGCUGGAAUGGAGAGACAUAAGGCUUUGACUAGACCGCACUACCAGGGAAGUCAUGCUGUGCUCUUGGUUUAUGACUGUGAUGAAACAGAAUCCUUAAAUCAAAUUGAGACCUACUACAAAGAUGCUAAAAAGCAUACUAAUGGUGCUGCCAUGGUAUUAGUACGGAACAAGAUUGAUAAAGAGUGUUGUAGUGUAGAAAAAGAAGAUGCUGAAAAAAUACUUUGUAAUCACAUAGAGAAAGGCUUUCCUCAUUGCAAAUUUCAACAUAAGGCUGAAACAUCUGCAAAGGCAGAUACUGGAAUUAGAGAGCUUAUACAGUCAGUGGCAGAAUAUUUGGUACAAAAUGCAGAACCUAGUAAUUUGCAGAACCCUUUGCAGAAUGAAUUUGAAAAGGUAAAGCUGAGGAACACAAAACAAAAUCCUGCACCAUCAAGUCGUUGCUGUUAGUUAUUACACAUGAAAUAUAUAUGUGUUGUUAACCAAGUGUAGAGUCAAUAUGGCUGGAUUUUGGCAAAUUGUUUUUGCAAAAGGCCAAUUCCCUGUCAUCUGACUUAAAAAAGCUUUAUUGGUGACGGAUUUAUCUUUCUAUUGUUCAAAAGAAUUGCAAUAUAACUUGUAAUGAAACUUUUAGUGUUUUUUAUCAUCCUUAACAUGCAUUUUAAGAUUCCCAAGCAGUAGGACCUACUGGAAAAGAUAUAUCUUGUAAAAAUAGGAGUUUUUCAGCUUUUACAGAUUAUGUAAAUAGGCCACCAAAUUCUUUUCUUGGUGAUCAUAGUGGGUAACCUAAGCCCUUUCUGCCUGCUCUGGUAGCCAAUUAGGGAACAGAAUUCAAAGAGCCAGCCUUUUUAUUAAUUUAUUAAGCAAUAUGCAAAGCUUUUGACAGUUAAGAAAGGUUAAUAAUAGUCAGCAAUCAUUUCAACCAGAAAGAUGCCUUCUAUUUUGAUUGCAGUGGUCACAGGAACACCAAAAAUUGAGACAGACUUCCCCUCUGGUUUCCAUGUGAUUGCUGGGAUUGUCUUGCCAUUUUCAGUGUUCUCAGUGACUACAAAGAUCCUAAAAAAAGAGGCAGAAAGAUUUGAAAUGCCCCAGUUGCAGACAAAUAUGCAUUUAUUAGACAAAUGUAAUUUUACCAAGAUAAUGUCCUAACAUGAAAAUGUGCUACAUGCAAUGUAUGAGAUAUUGUGAUAAACUUCAAAUGGGACUGUGUUUUACUCUGUUUAGGAAGAAUUUAGGUGAAAUAAACUUUACAACAGUGUUUCCCUACUUAAAGAAAAGCCACUUUCUUGUGAUACAAUAUCAGAUUACAUUUGUUGUUACAACUGGGAAUAUAAGACAAUUUGAAAAAAAAGAAUCCACCUUUUUAUCAGAAGUCACUUGCCUUUUUCAGGGGUUUCAAAACAAGCUGGCAACUGCUGGAGUUCUGCCAGCUCUUUGAUAAUAUGCCACUGGUUAUUCAGGUAAAAAUAAUUACCU